CGUAAACCCUCUCCCUCGCUCUCCAUCCUCCGCCACCGCCGCCGCCGCCGCAGCGUCGCCCGCACACCAUCCUACCGGACUCGAUCUUCCUCCUCCAGGAGCUCGCCAGCCAGCCGGAAUGUCCCCGAAGAAGCGCCUGCGCUUGUCGUCCGCUGGUCCCAAACCAGAAGACAACGUCGAGGAAGCAACUCCCGAUGUCUCUACCUCUGGCACAGAAGAUUCCGAGGAGGAAGAUAGCGACAGUGACAGCAGCAGCAGCAGCAGCGGUGAGGACAGCAAAGACGACGGUGGCAGCCAUUCGUUGCCGAUUGACGGCACCCACAUGGACGACUCAUCUGGAAUGCAUAUCUUUGUCAAGAACCCCACCGGCAGGACAAUCCGACUCAAGGUCCACUCAUCAGACACCCUGUACACCAUCAAGGCAAAGAUCCAGCAGCAGUACUGCCUCGUAUUUGACGGGGUGCAUCUAGAAGACAACCAUACAUUGGCCCAUUAUGGCAUCCAGCAUGACACUACGAUUGACCCCCAAGAAAAAAUGAAAAUCUACGUGACGGAGACACGGGGUGGCAGGACCAUCGCAAUCGAGGUCGACAGCCUAGACACCAUUGGCAACGUGAAGUCCAAGAUCCAGGACAUGGAGGGCUUUCCCAAGGGCCAGCAGUGCCUCAUCUUCGCCGACAAACAGCUGGAGGACGACAACUGCACCUUGGCUGCCCACAACAUCUGGAAGGAGUCCACCCUCCUCCUUGUCCUCCGCCCGUGUAGGCCAGCAGAAAGUAAGAUAAUGCAGAUCUUUGUCAAGAAUCUCGAAGGGAAGACCCUCACCCUUGAAGUCGGGCAAUGGGACACCAUCAACAGCGUCAAGGUGAAGAUCUACGAGAAGGACGCCAUUCCACCUAGACAGCAGCGACUCACUUUUGCUGGCAGGCAGGUGGAGGACCACCGCACCCUGGCGGACUACAAGAUUCAGAGGGAGUGUACCCUUCAUUUGAUGCUUCGCCUUUGUGGUUGUUGAGCUGCAUGACCUGCCAUUUAACAUCCAGUUUUAUUUCGUUGGAGCCUGUUCGCACACGAACACGUCACCGUGUACCCUCGACGCCGGGGGUGAUGCACCGCAGCUCACGUCGAAGGAGACCCGCCGGAAGCGCGGUACGCAAGACAAUCC